AUGAUUACUUGCCUCAGAAAGUGUUCUAAAGAAUCCCAAUUCUGUUCUGGUGUUCAUCUAGAUUACACUCUCGAGGAAACACUGGAAAGCUUUAUUAUGGAGAAGCGUCUUACCUCAAAGACCAAGUUAGUUCAAGAAGACGUUACUGACACCAACAACAAAGGUGUAAAAGCAGCCAAGGUGCUGGAAUGCCACCAAAAUGUCCAAAGUAUAAAUCAACAGGACAACUCCGAUAAAUUUACGGAGCAAAUGAAGCGGCCGUUUUUGCGUAAAAAUCAGGGUCGUGGUGCGUGGUGUUCUCGUUUACGUCCUUUGGGAGGGAAAGCAGCCCCUGAACCUGCAUCAAACCCCCCACUUGUUUCCACGGUCAAUCAAACCCAUAAUCCAACAAACUGUGAAGCAUUCCAAAGGAAAUAUGAUUGUCAGAACUCUGAAGAAUGUUCUGGGCAAUCAAUGGAGUGUAGUGCUUUUAUUGCAAAACUCGACGCUUUGAAUGGUUUUAACGGUAAAGUAUACGACCAAACGGGACUUCAAAAUGAUAUAAAGGAGGGCUUGGUUGUGAAUGAGGAUGCCAAAGCAGACUUUGUUGGUGACGACAGAGAGCUUAAAGAAUUUGAGUUUCUCGAACGUUUUACUGAAAAGCACACAUACGUCCAUAACAACAGUGAACUUGAAAGAAAUCACCUUGGUGGGCGGUCGAGCGGGACAGUUGAUGUAACAGCGUCUGUGGGGAAGUCUGCUUCUCUUCCUGCUCUAGAUGAAGAUAAUUUGCCAAGAAAUAGUCGACAAUUAGCCGAUGGAGACAAAUCUAAGGAGGCGACCCAUCGCUUCAUUUGCAAUCUGCAUGCUAACCAUAUGGAUUCGGAGUGUCCCAAACGUCCCCACUGUAAAAGCUACCAAUCUUUAUCUCAAAACCCCCUUGUCAAGAAUGCUCAUCCUGCAAUAGAAUCAAGUUCUCCUGAUUUGGAUGACCACGUACCAUGGAAGGAUGAGGCGAAUUUUGAAGCCUCAGUGGAUACGAAUUCUAGCCGACGACAGCCUCUUCCUAGCGUACGCUUCAACAUGCCGACUGACUGUCAUCGGCCUAAACUUGGGGAUAAAAAUUCCUUCAAUGGCGGCUCGAACUCGGGCAGUGACGUUUUUGACCGUCCGUCUCCGUCCACUAUCCAAAUUUGGAUAGCGCGUCUGGAGGCUGAAGUUAAUCGUUUCAACAGCGAAAACACAGCCUUGGUAAAACUUAAGGCCGAAAGAGAGGAAGCUCUCUCUGCACUGAAGAAAGAGAAAAAGGAGUUCGAGGAAUACAGGGCAACUACGAUGAAGGAGUUCGAGACCUUCCGACGGGAGGAGAUCAUCAAGCUCAAAAAGGACCGAAAGGUGUUAUGCGACUACCAAAGGAGUUUGCAUUCAAUGCCGCAAAAGCGUGAUCGUGAAGAAAUUGAGCGACUAAAGCAGCAGAUUUGUGAGGAGAAGGCAGAGGCUGCACAACGAGAAAUACGUCUCCAGCAUCAACUCGGUUGGCAAAAAAUACGAAUAGAAGAGCUGACUGCUGAAAAAACUGAACUUGUUGAGCGUAUUAAACGGCUGGAACAGGCCCGACUUAUGCUGCGGAGCACGGUCGUCGAGGAAAGGGCGAACCAGGCGUUGAAAACUUUAAAUCAGUUCCACAAAAAUAGUCAGAACCGGCUCAGUUCUGUUCCACAGGUCAUUGGCAUCAGUUCGCACGCCAAGACCCUGGAGGACUCGCUAAACGGUGAGAUGGCGAAGGCGCGAGCAGAUUCUGCCGGUACAAACUCUGAAAGGCUUGUCGCUAUGCCCUCGGAACCAUCCCCCUCCAGAUCCACCGGUGCGUAUUUGGCUAAAGGAGCCAUGAAGGAGUCACCCAGAUCGCCGUCUGCCUGCGUUUUUCCUCACCCCCCUACUAGUAUUGCUACAGGCUUGUCCCAGCAGGGAGCACGGACAUCCUCGGAUAUUUUGGAAUUCUGCAGAGAAGAUACCAAUACAAAUCAAUUGUGUCGUCCGUUACGUGCGGCUCCAGAUCGGAAUCGUGGACCCGUCAUUCACGAAGUUUAUCAUCCAGACGGUUCUUUGGAAAGGCUGUAUCGUGACAGUUCAAGGGCAAGGGUGUAUGGUAAUGGUACAACGAAAGAAAUUUGCCCCGAUGGGGUCUUGUCAGAGGUUUGUCCCUCCAACAGUGAUGCCAAGCAGACACUGGAAGAUGGUACAAUCUUAUACAACUAUGCAUCCGACGGUGCAGUAAAAAGUACACUUCCUGACGGGGCCAAAGAAAUUGUCUACAAGGAGACAGUCGCCACCCAGUCGGUGGUUGUGGGGGAGUCCAACCUUCCUGAUGGAAUGUCGGUCCAGAUAUUUUUAAACGGCGACAAGAUCAUCAGCCUACCCAAUGGCCAGAAGGAGUUCCAUUGCGCAAAGUUUAAGAGACGAAUCUACCCAGACGGUACGGUAAAGACGGUGUUCAAGGAUGGCCGGCAAGAGACCCGUUACGCAUCGGGUCGAAUUCGCAUAAAAGAUAACGAAGGGAAUCUCCUGGUGGAUACCCGAAUAGCGCCAGUGUCUCGAAGUGCUGUCGCUGACUUAGCACCCCUUCUUGGGCCAUCUCAAUAA